AUGUCCCACAUGUGUGAUAGCGUAUCUGAAAGAAAUAUUGACAUAAACAGGUCAUCAACUGCUCCACAAUCCACGUCGCAGCCUUUUCGAUCAAAAAGUUCUUUAAGUAAUAGGGCGCAAGAUCAUCAAACUCCUACGAAACAAGCUGCAAAAAAAUCUCCGAAGAAAUCUGCAAUGUCCCGAAAUAAACAAUUUCAAGGGGAGACCGGUGUUUCUUCACAGACCUUCACAAAUUGCUCUGUAAGUAGUAUAGAUAAUGCGGUUCAAAAUUUAAACAUAAACAAUGAAAAUGACGAAAUAGACCAAGGAGACAGUCCUAAAAGUAAAAAUGCCAAGAGAAAAGAAAAAAUAAAGUUAAAGCAAUUGACAAUGCCCACUCAAGUAAAUUCCAAUAACAGACCACAAUCAUCUCAGUUCACUUCUGGAUAUCCGGAGCGCAAUGAAUACCCAUCUCUGCACGAAUUUUUCACCUAUCAAAUAAGCCCUUUGUAUGCUAAUGCUAGUUCAAGAUAUUUAGAAAACUUAAGUCAUCAUCCACAAUACCAGUUUUCACAUAACAUUUCGAAUGCUCAUUUAGCAACAAGUUUGCCAAACACGCCAUAUCUGAUACCUCAGCAGCCAAAAUCUAUGAGUAUACCAAAUUCACCAAUAUUGCAUUCAGAGUAUAUGAGCCUGAAUUGUUUACAGAAUGUAAUGCAACAUCCAUUACUUUGUCAAACCUAUAAUGCCAAUUUUCAAAAUAAGCUCAAUAGUUCUUUAACAGCAGUGGAAAGCACCAGUAGCCCAACUGAUAAAACUACACCCAAACAUAAAAGGAACAAGAAGAAACCUAAACCAACUGCAGAUUUAAGAUUUGAUGCUUAUUUAUCUCCUGAAGAGGUGGAAGUUGGAUUAAGGGAUAACAUCUUUAUAGAGGGGGUUUUAAGAAUAAACCCUAAACAAUUUCAACAUUCAUAUGUGUCUUGUUACGAUAGGAGUGAACAAGAUAUUCUAAUUGAUGGCAUCAAAAACCGUAACCGAGCUUUAGAGGGGGACAUUGUAGUUGUACAGAUGAUAGAGAAUGAGAAUGAUGAUGAUAGUGAAGAGGAGAAACAAAAGAAGGGAAAGGUUGUUUUUAUCAAAGAAAAACUGCAUAACAGAACUUGCAUUGGAAAUUUGAAAUUAAUGCCAGACAAUAACAGACAGAGGGCUCUGUUUGUGCCUAGAGACAACAGAAUACCUAGACUCAAUAUACCAUUCACUAGCUGGCCUGAUAAUUUUUAUGAUGAUGCUAAGAAUUAUGAAAAUACAUUAUUUCUAGCAAAAAUAGGGGAUUGGGUGGAUACUAGGUUUGCUAUGGGAACUAUUGUGUGUAACAUUGGUCAGUCAGGUGAUAUGGUAUCAGAAACUAAGGCAAUAUUGGCCCAAACAGACUUGGAUAUAAGACCAUUUGGUCCUGAAGUUAGACAUCUGUAUCCUCGAUUAGACUACAAGAUACCAGAUGAGGAAUUUGCAAUUAGAGAGGAUUGUCGUAAGUUGUGUCUGUUUAGUAUAGAUCCUUCAAAUUGUCGUGAUAUUGAUGAUGCUGUCUCUUGUAGGGAGCUUGAAAAUGGUAAUUAUGAAGUUGGUGUUCAUAUAGCAGAUGUAGCUCACUUUUUAACUGAAAAUACUAUAUUAGACGAAAAGGUAGCAGAUAAAGCUACAACAAUAUAUUUAGUAGAAAAAGCUUAUCAUAUGUUACCAGAUGAUCUCUGCAUGCUCUGUUCCUUGUUUCCUGGUGUUGACAAACUAGCUUUUUCUGUAUUUUGGGAAAUUACAAGAGAUGCAAAAGUUCUGAGCCACAGAUUUGCAAAAACAGUGAUUAACUCCUGUGCCCAGUUAUCAUAUGAUCAUGCUCAAGCUAUACUUGAUGAUAAAGAUAAUUCUGAACUAAACUUCCCUGAAACUUAUAAUGGAUAUUUGUACAAUGACAUACACACAGUGGUAAAGACUCUUGGGGCUAUUGCUAGUACAUUCAGGAGAAAUAGAUUUGAUAGUGGUGCACUGAGGAUUGAUCAACCCAAAGUAAGUUUCCAUUUAAACGUAGCCAAUGGUUUGCCAGAUAGCUUUUGUAUAUAUCAGAGUAAAGAAAGUCAUCAACUUAUAGAGGAAUUUAUGCUACUAGCCAAUAUGACUGUUGCUAACAGAAUACGGGAAGAUCACCCAAGAUUAGCAUUUCUAAGAUGUCAUCCACCACCCAGUGGAUUUAUGUUGAAACAACUUGCCAAAUCUCUCAAACCAAUGGGGAUUGACUUAGAUAUUUCUUCAGCUGGGGACUUACAUCGUUCCCUGUUGCCACAUGUUGGGCCAUCAUGCACAGACCCAGGCAAAGUUAUGGUCUUGAACAUGUUAUGUGCAAAACCUAUGACUAGAGCCAAAUAUUUUUGUGCUGAUGGUUGCGAUGAUGAUGAUUUUCAUCAUUAUGCAUUAAAUGUACCUCUUUACACGCAUUUCACCAGCCCCAUCAGAAGAUAUGCAGACAUAAUGGUUCACAGGUUGUUGGCGGCUAGUUUAAAAUACAGAGAAAAUCCGGAAUGGGAUGUAGACAAAGUGCGGAUGAUUGCAGCACAAUGUAACAAACAAAAGUACAAUUCAAAAAAAGCAAGUGAAUUGUCUACAGAACUAUAUACUCUUAAGUACAUUGAAAUGAAUUCACCACUCAAGACUGAGGCGGCUGUAGUUGAAGUCAGAGAAAAAUAUAUUGAUGUCAUAGUAAUAGCUAUGGGAUUAAACAGGAGAAUCUUUUUUAAUAAUGACUUCCCAGGAAAAUACAUGUGUAUAAAAAAUAAAGGUGGUACAAAGUUAUCCAAAAUGGAAUUAACAUGGAAUGCUGUCAAUCGAUUGCCAGAAAUCACCCAAGUGAUUCAAGUAUUCUCAAUUUUAAUGGUGGAGUUGUACAAAGAUGACGAUCUGGGAAAGAUCGACAUCAAGCUUGUUAGACCACAGUAG